AUGGGCUCACAGGCAUGUCUCGCGCGGGUGAUAGGCCUGCUCGCUGUCGUUCUGCUCUCGAUUCAUUCCCAACCUGCCUUCGCCCGUCGACUUCUCGUAGACGAUUCCGUAGCAGCCCCUGUCAGUGCUGCUAGCGAAGCUUCCCUAGCUGGAGCUGCUAGUAAUGUUGCCGUUGGAUCGGGAACGAGCGGUCCAGAGGCAGCGAGUGUGAUGCAGAGCGGUGCAGCGGACCCGAAGAGCGACGUGGAAGAUCUUCGGUCCGUGGUCAACGGAGUCAACAACCACUACGUCUACAAGGACACUGCCGUUGACUCGCCGGACCAGACGAACCUUCCCAGCAGCGUCGACAUCGUCGCCGAGCUGACGGCCAUUCUGCAGCGCGCCGAGCGGGGCGAGUACGAACGGCUGAUGGACGCCCACGUGGACACGUUCAACGCGAUCAACGGCCUGAACGCAGCAAGCAGCAGCAGCGGCGGCAACGGCGGCAGCAGCGGCGGCGGCGGCGGCGGCGGCAGCGGCAAAGAGAGGGAGUUGCGGGAGGCGCUUCCUGUGUUCCAGCGUGAUGCGCUGAGGAGACGUCUCCAGUACCGGCUACACCAGCAGCCCCACAUGCGGCAGUUGCAGGAGCAGCAGGCGCAGGGGCAAGAGGCGGAGGGGCAAGAGACGCAGGGGCAAGAGGGGGAGGGGCAAGAGACGCAGGGGCAAGAGGGGGAGGAUCAACAGGGGGAGAAUCAACAGGGGGAGGAUCAAGAGGGGGGGGAUCAAGAGGGGGAGGAUCAACAGGGGAACGGGGAAGAGAAGCAGGGGCAAGAGACGGAGGGGCAAGAGGGGGAGGGGCAAGAGACGCAGGGGCAAGAGGGGGAGGGGCAACAGGGGGAGGAUCAACAGGGGAACGGGGAAGAGACGCAGGGGCAAGAGGGGGAGGGGCAACAGACGCAGGGGCAAGAGGGGGAGGGGCAACAGACGCAGGGGCAAGAGGGGGAGGGGCAAGAGACGGAGGGGCAAGAGACGGAAGGGCAAGAGACGGAGGGGCAAGAGACGCAGGGGCAAGAGGGGGAGGGGCAAGAGACGCAGGGGCAAGAGGGGGAGGAUCAACAGGGGGAGGAUCAACAGGGGGAGGAUCAACAGGGGGAGGAUCAACAGGGGAACGGGGAAGAGACGCAGGGGCAAGAGGGGGAGGGGCAACAGACGCAGGGGCAAGAGGGGGAGGGGCAACAGACGCAGGGGCAAGAGGGGGAGGGGCAACAGACGCAGGGGCAAUAG